AUGGCACUUCGCAGUGAUUUUGAAGGACUCAGAGGUUCAAUUUUGCAUCGUUCUCCACUUCCUUCUGUUGACUCAGUUGUCAGCGAGUUAUUGGCUGAAGAAAUACGUCUUAAGUCUUAUGCUGAAAAUGGAAUUAUUUCUGCUUCUAAGCCUUCUGUAUUAGCAGUGUCUUCUAAGCCAUCCUCUAAUAAUCAAAAUAAACCUUACACAAGGGUUGCCUUUGACGAGUAUAGUUUCUGUAAGCAUAAAGGUCAUUGGAAGGCUCAGUGUCCUAAGUUGAGACAGUCGAAUCAAUUACAGCAGCAAUCUCAAGUUUGGAAGCCUGGCAACCAAUCACGAUCUAAUGCUCAUAGACCACCACAAUCUAAUACCGCAGCAGUAGCUUCAUCAGGUCCUAUCACUGAUCCUAGUACUUUGGUUGAGCAAUUUCAGAAGUUUCUCUCCUUACAACCUCAAGCUAUGUCUGCUUCUUCCAUAGGAUCUGCAGUCUCAGAAGCUGAUUGGGACAGGCCGUAGGAAGGGUGGACUAUAUAUUUUGGAUGAGCUAAAAGUGCCAGUUGCUGCUGCCGCUACUAGUGUUGAUUUGUCUUCGUUUCGUUUGAGUCCUUCUUCUUCUAGUUUUUAUUUAUGGCAUUCUCGUCUAGGUCAUGUUUCGUCGU